AUGGACCAACUUGCGAAACAGACAUCGAGUCUAGGAAUCUUUUCCCCCAGAAUUGGAAGAGGCUUCAACAACUUGCCAGGAGCGAUAUCCCUUGCCAAUGCCUUCGCUAUUAGAGCUUCCUGCCAUAAAGCGCGAGCAGAGUACUUCCCUGUGUACUUUCAGCAGGCUACAGUCCCGAUCCCACUCUGCCAUGUCCAGCCUUUCCUCCAAACCUUCUUCGCCAACGCAACCGCCAAGGCCAUCUGCGCGCUUCGGGUGAACAUGACUGCGUGCGAACCCAAGGACGAUCCAGUCAUCGACAUGCUGUGGCUGCUCAGCUUCCUGCUCGCUCACCCCAGCAUCAAAAUCUCCUUCCACUGCGCCGACAAGUUCAAAUACGAGGCAUUGCAUUUAAACGACCUAGUCAAAACUGCCCGGAAAUUUCCAGCAUGGCGCUCGCAUCUGGACUCUAUGCAUUCCUUCGAUCUCUUCACCCGGACAACUUGGUGUCGUGGCCUCACCAACGUGGCCUCGAAGUCCUACAGACCGCUCCAGCCGUGGGAACUCAAGUCCGUUUUCAAGCCUGAGCAUUUUGAGGCGUGGUGGGACAAUGAGGGACAACGCUAUCAGAAGACGCAGCAGAUGUUAUCCGACCUUGGCGUGAUGAAGGCCAACAUGGAUUGUUUCGGAUAUUACUGUAAAUCUAUUGCUCGCUUGCUUAUGCACGGGUUUAAGAGAAAUGACGAAGAUAUGAAUGCCUAUCAUGAGAGUCGCGCUGGUUGGCAUAGGCGGUGGUAG